AUGAAGACCAUCGUCGUCCUCGGUGCCGGCCUCGCCGCCGCGCCCAUCAUCCGCCAGCUCAUGCGCACCGUCGUCCUCACCCGCAAGGACCUGCGCAUGGUCGUCGUCGCGCCCAACACGCACUUCCACUGGCCCAUCGCCAUGCCGCGCGUCGUCGUCCCCGGCCAGCUGCCCGACGACAAGGUCAUGUUCCCGUACGAGCCCGUCUUCCGCGAGUACCCCUCCGACCGGUUCGAGUUCGUCCUCGGCAGCGCCGCGGCCCUCGACCCGGAGGCGCGCGCCGUCACCGUGUCCCUCAACGACGGUGGCGACAACCGCACCGUCUCGUACGACACGCUCAUCGUCGCCACGGGCGCGUCGGCCAAGGACGACAUGCCCUGGAAGGUGCUCGACACGACGGCCAAGACGGCCGAGAGACUGCACAGCCUGCAGAGGGACAUUGAACGGGCCAAGACGAUCGUCGUGGCUGGCGGGGGCCUGACCGGCGCGGAGACGGCCGGCGAGCUGGGCUUCGAGUACGCAAAGAACCGCAGCAAGGACGUGUACUUCAUCUACUCGGGGGAGCUGCCGCUGUCGCCGCCGGUGCUGGACAGCGUGCGGAAGCAGACCAAGCACGAGCUGGAGAAGAUGGGCGUCAAGAUCAUGGCCAACACGACCGUCACGAGCGCCACCAAGUCGGGCGACAAGACGGUCCUGGAGCUGCGCGGCGCCGACGGCAAGACCAAGGCUUUCACGACCGACGCCUACGUCCCGACGACGGGCGUGACGCCCAACACGUCCUUCAUGCCCGCGAAGCUGCUCGACGCCAAGGGCUACAUCAAGCAGACGACGCGGCUGCAGGCCGAGGGCUUCCCGGACAUCUUCGUGGUGGGCGACGCGGGCAGCCUGGAGGCGUCGCGGGCGCUGACGGCGACGACGCAGGCCACGCACCUCAUCAAGGCGCUGCCCGCGUACCUCACCGGCGGCGGCGAGCCGGCCGAGUACCAGGUCAACACCAAGGAGAUGGUAGCGGUGACGCUGGGCCGCAGCAAGGGCACGGGGCAGAUGGGGACGUUCAAGAUCUUUAGCUUCUUGGUGUGGUGGCUCAAGGGGCGGUUCCUGGGGACAGACUACGCGCCGCUACUACCGGCGGGGAAGAAGACGAUGAUGGCGACGCUGGAGAAGUAG